AUGGGCAACAACAAAGAAGAGGAGAGGCUGGAGAUUGUGAUGCUGUUGCUGGAGAGGAAGUGCAGCGCUACUGAGGCGGACUGCUUUGGCCGGUCGGCACUGCACUACGCCGUCCAGAAAGGUGACAUGCGAGUGGUGACGCUGCUGCAGCGCACGGUUGACCAGGCCAAUGAAGAAGCCAAGCGGGCAGAAGCCAGGCGAGUGCAGGAGUUCUUGUCAUCCGCAGAUGCUGCAAGGGCUGAGCAGGCAGCGGCGGAGGCUGCCAGGGCUGCAGCGAGGGCUGCAGAGCUCAGAGCGGCAGAGGAAGCCCUGGCUGCUGCCAGAGCUGCCGAAGACAGGCGAAACGUCAAAGCGGCGGAGGCCGCUGAGGCAGCUGCAAAGAUGCAGGAGGAGCGCUUGAAGAGGGAGGCCGCCGAGGCUGCGGAGGCAGUUGCCAGGGUUGGAGAGGAGCGAAAGAAGAGGGAAGCCGUAGAGGCAGCCAUGCAAGCUGCAAGGAAUGAGGAGGAGCGAAAAAAGAGAGAAAUUGCAGCAGCACUAGAAGCUUCUGUCAAGGUUGAAGCCGAGCGUCGGAAGAAGGAAGCCGCAGCAGCUGCAGAGGAGGCCGCACGCGAACAGAGGAAAGCGGCAGAGGCAGCAGAAGCUGCGGCCAGAACUGAGGAGGAGCGACGCAAGAAGGAAGCUGCGGAGUCAGCCGAGGCAGCUGCCAAAAUUGAGGAGGAGCGACGGCAACAAGAAAGUCAACUGGUGGCAGAGCUCUCUCUCAGAGUUGACAGUGAGCGAAAAAUUAGGGAAGCUGCAGAGGCUGAAGAGGCGGCUGCCCGGGAGAAGCGGGAAACGGCAGAGGCAGCAGAAGCUGCGGCCAGAGCUGAGGAGGAGCGGCAGAAGAAGGAAGCCGCAAAGGCGGCAGAGGCAGCUGCAAGGGCUGCGGAGGAACGGAAGCAACGAGAUGUUCAUAUGGCAGAAGAAUUUUCUCUCAGGGUUGAACGUGAGCAACGACGUCAGGAAGCGGCGGAAGCUGCAGAGGCGGCUGCACGGGAACAGCGGAAAGCGGCAGAAGCAGCAGAAGCUGCGGCCAUGACUGAGGAGGAGAGACGAAAGAAGGAAGCUGCAGAGGCAGCCGAGGCAGCUGCUAGGAUUGAGGAGGAGCGAAGGCAACGAGAAGUUGAAUCUGCAGCAGACUUUUCUCUCAGAGUUGAGCAAGAGCGACACAGAAGAGAAGCCGCACAGGCUGCGGAGGCUGCCGCCAUGCGAGAAGCAGAGAUAAAGAACAGAGAAGCAGCAGAGGCGGCCGCAAUCUGCUACGAAGAGAGGAUGAAGCGGACAACAGACGAAGCCGCAGUUGCUGUAGUAGCAGAGGAGCGGCGAUUGUUGAUCUGA